GGAAGCUUGCAAAGAGAGAUCUGAAUUGAGAUUAGACAGAGACAUUCAAAAGGAAACACAACAGAGAAGUUCUCUGAUGGACUGAAUUCACAAGGUCUGAUAUAUACACAUGCAAUGACAAAAAACAAUCCUCAAUAUUUCCCCAUCGCAUCGCCGACCACCAUGUCGAAAAUUCCCCAGUCAAACUGCCAGACGGACAACACCAGCUUGCAGGUCCCGCUGGCUAUUUUCUAUGCACUCUUCUUCGUGUUCGGGUUGUCUGGGAACCUGCUGGCUCUCUGGGUGUUUCUGCGAGUACAUCCGAAGAAAAACUCAGUUCGCAUAUUCCUCAUUAACCUGGCUCUGGCUGACUUGCUCCUCGUGAUCUGCCUGCCUUUCCGAGUGGUGUACCAUUCCAACAAUGACCGGUGGGUGCUGCCGCCAUUACUGUGCAGGAUGGUGGGCAUUAUCUUUUACAUGAACAUGUACAUUAGUAUAGUCUUACUGGGCUUCAUUAGUGUAGAUCGUUAUCUGAAGUUCCAGAGGUCGUCUUGUAGGCGGGUGUUCCUGCAUAGCCGGAGUGUGCUUCUCUGCGGUGUCAUCUGGGCUGUGGCAUUUGUUUGUGGCAUUUGCCUCAUUGUCCUGAAUGCAGAGCAUGGUGAAUCCCAACAGUGCUUCCAAUACAAAACACUGCAUGAAUCCAAAUGGAAAGCCUAUUUCAACUUUGCCAUCGUGGGUAUGUUUUGGCUGGUCUACGGUGCGUUGGUAAUCUCCUACGGAAGGAUCGGAAUGAACCUCCUAACAACCUCCAAAAAGAAACCGGAUUUCCCAAAUGCUGCCAAGUACAACAAAACAGCAUGGAAGUCCUUCUUUGUGCUUUUCCUCUUCACUAUAUGUUUUGUGCCCUACCACUCUGUAAGGAUUUUCUAUAUCAUGUCACAGAUAGCAAAAGACACCGCUUGCGAGUGGAUAAGUGUGUUGGAUAAAACCAAUGAAGUAGUUCUGCUACUGUCUGCCUUUAAUAGCUGUCUGGAUCCAGUCAUGUACUUUUUGUUCUGUAGUUCUAUUCGCAAAGUGAUGCUGAAGAUCAUCUGUAAUAGCUUCUGUCAGCAAAAUGCCAAAGGACUGAUCAGUUCUAUCGACACUCCACAAGAGCUGCCAAAGGCUCAGGACGUCAAACUAUCAAAAACAACAGAUAAAGUGGUGCUAUAAAUGUUUUGAAAACAUAUAAGCCAUGUAUAAAUGUACAGCAAAUAUUUUUUUACUAUGCAAGAAUGUGAAUAUUUACAUGUGCACAGCAAAGUUAAAGAAAAUCUAAUACUGUGCUGUGAACAGAGCAGAGUAUAUCUGUGCAUUUAUUUUCGAUAUUCAUCAGAAACACUACCUUUUUAAAUAAAAGUUUCAUUACAUUUAAAAAAAUUAUCAUACAAAAAUAGUUAAC